GACUAAGGCGUGGCAGUUGUUCCGGACACCUGAAGGAGACUUCAGGAGACUUUCGUACCUCCGGACGCACAGUGCAUUGUGGGCGGUUGAGUCGCUGCUGGUGCCAUUGCCUGCGCCCCAUGAGGAAGAUGCUCGCUGCCGUCUCCCGCGUGUUGUCCGGAGCUGCACAGAAGCCUGCAAGCAGAGUGCUGGUGGCAUCCCGUAAUUUUGCAAAUGAUGCUACAUUUGAAAUUAAGAAAUGUGAUCUUCACCGGCUGGAAGAGGGUCCUCCUGUCACAACAGUGCUCACCAGAGAGGAUGGGCUCAAGUACUACAGGAUGAUGCAGACUGUGCGCCGAAUGGAGUUAAAAGCAGAUCAGCUAUAUAAACAGAAAAUUAUUCGUGGUUUCUGUCACUUGUGUGAUGGUCAGGAAGCUUGCUGUGUGGGCCUGGAGGCUGGCAUAAAUCCCACAGACCAUCUCAUCACAGCCUAUCGGGCUCACGGCUUUACCUUCACUCGGGGCCUUUCUGUCCGAGAAAUUCUUGCAGAGCUCACAGGACGAAAAGGCGGUUGUGCUAAAGGGAAAGGAGGAUCGAUGCAUAUGUAUGCCAAGAACUUCUAUGGUGGCAAUGGCAUUGUCGGAGCCCAGGUGCCCCUGGGAGCUGGGAUCGCCUUGGCCUGUAAGUAUAAUGGAAAAGAUGAGGUCUGUCUGACUUUAUAUGGUGAUGGUGCUGCUAACCAGGGUCAGAUAUUCGAAGCUUACAACAUGGCAGCAUUGUGGAAAUUGCCUUGUAUUUUCAUCUGUGAAAAUAACCGCUAUGGGAUGGGGACAUCUGUUGAGAGAGCAGCGGCCAGCACUGAUUACUAUAAGAGAGGCGAUUUCAUUCCUGGGCUGAGGGUAGAUGGGAUGGAUAUCCUGUGUGUCAGGGAGGCAACAAGGUUUGCAGCUGCUUAUUGUAGAUCUGGGAAGGGGCCCAUCCUGAUGGAGCUGCAGACUUACCGUUACCAUGGACACAGCAUGAGUGAUCCUGGAGUCAGUUACCGUACACGUGAAGAAAUUCAGGAAGUAAGAAGUAAGAGUGACCCUAUUAUGCUUCUCAAGGAUAGAAUGGUGAACAGCAAUCUUGCAAGUGUUGAAGAAUUAAAGGAAAUUGAUGUUGAAGUGAGGAAAGAAAUUGAGGAUGCCGCUCAGUUUGCUACAGCUGAUCCUGAGCCGCCUUUGGAGGAACUAGGCUACCACAUCUACAGCAGCGACCCACCUUUUGAAGUUCGUGGUGCCAAUCAGUGGAUCAAGUUUAAGUCAGUCAGUUAAGGAGAAACCACAUAGAAUGGGGCAGUUGAUACCUUCAGUGAGCAUUUAGAUAGCAGCUCUCAGGAACUCUGUGUAUUUUAAGGAGGAAGAUAAACCCAGAACGUGAAAGUCUUAAUAUGUAGAUUGAAUUAGAGAGAUAGCCAUUGCAUGCAGUUUGUACACUGUGGCAUUAAAAGAUGUUAGUGAGUGCUUAAGUAUUUAGUAUGAGUAUUAUAAAGAUUAUAACAGAACUAUUCUUUCAACAAAUACUAAAUUCCUUGUAUGCCAAUUCCUGUUUUUUUGGGGGGCCGCCCAUGGUAUUGUUGCUGGGCCCCUCCCAAAGGCAUACUGUGAUAGUACCCUGCUCGCAGUGACCAUCAUUUCUCCAUACCAAGACAAUAUUUAUUAUACCCAGGCAGGGGUGGGAGGACAAUUCCAUUUUUAAAUAAGACUGCUUCAUAAUUAUUUCACUUAGUUUUCUCCAUUUAUACAUUCAAAAUAAAUAAUGAAGCUAUUUUCUUAAUAGUUACAUUCAUAUCAGACAUUAAAUACAAGGCACAAGUGUAUCAGUUUUCUUUUUCAGGUUUAUCUGAAACAGUGCUUCCCAGUGUCUGUCAUUUUCUAUGGAGGGUGUACUGAUUUUCAUCAAAGGAAAUCACUAAUACUAUGCUAAGGCUGUUCUCAUAUAAAGUUCUAUG